AUCAGGACAGCUACACCUGUCAGGUGUAUAACAACAUCUUCCCUCUACUAAAAUGUGAACUGGGUGACCAGCAGUGGGCUGGGACCUACGCUCCUGAACGUGUCUGUGCUCUGAAAGGGUCAUCAGUUAAUUUGUCCUGCACUUAUAAACACCCUGAAGGACUCAGAGUGACUAAAUCAUUCUGGUACAUUGAAAGUCUCAGGCAGCCUGGUGUUGAGCCUGUGGAUGUGCGACAGUAUGAUCUGUAUAAGGGGAGAGUGCAGUACAGCCAGACCCUGAACUACUGUAGAAUGACCAUCACUGACCUGAGAGAGAGUGACGCUCACACAUACAAGUUCAGAUUCUACACUGAUGGUCCUGAGGACAAAUACACCGGCGAACCUGGAGUCACUCUGUCUGUCACAGAAUCACCUGCAGAUCUGAAGGUUACAGUGUCAGAUACAGAUGGAGGAGUAAAGAAGCUGACCUGUAGCUCCACCUGCACUCUGCCCAACCCCACUUACAUCUGGUACAAGAACAGACAGCCUGUAUUUAACCAGAACAGAAAUGAACUGAAUCUGAGAGACAGAACUGUGGAUGCAGGCAGCUACUCCUGCGCUGUGAAAGGAUACGAGGAGCUCCGCUCUCCUGCUGUCUGUGUUUUUGACCUGCAGGUGAAAGUGGAAGGUCCUGCAGCCACAGCGUCAGAGGGACAGACAGUAACACUGACCUGUAACUCCACCUGCACUCUGCCCAGCAACCCCACUUACAUUUGGUACAAGAACGGACAGCCUGUAUCUCAGUGUGAAUCUGCCUCCUGCUCUGUAGCUGUGGUCAGUGAAGUGGUCAACUACAGCUGUGCUGUUGAAGGCAGUGAUCACUCUCCUCCAGUGUGUGAAUUCAUCUCCUCACCUCAUUAA